CGUAAAGCGCGGCUGCGUCAGUGCCGUAAAGGCUCUACUUGCGGCACUUCCGGCCGGCUGGGCCUAGGGCAGGCCGGGCCUACCCUGGCUUUGGGUCUGGAGAAGGCGCGAUACCUCGUCCUCCCGCAACGAUGGAGAUGCCGCUGCCGCCCGAUGACCAGGAGCUGCGGAACGUCAUUGACAAGUUGGCGCAGUUUGUGGCGCGGAAUGGGCCCGAGUUCGAGAAGAUGACGAUGGAGAAGCAGAAGGAGAACCCCAAGUUCUCGUUCCUUUUUGGGGGCGAGUUUUAUGGCUACUACAAGUACAAACUGGCGCUGGAGCAGCAGCAGUUGCUGUGCAAACAGACUCAAGACACAGAGGCCACUGCACAGAUCCAGCCAUUGUCACAGCCCUCUCUUCCGCCAGCUGCAGCUAUCCCAGCUCCACAAGGAGCUCCCUCUGUGGAGGAACUUAUCCAACAGAGUCAAUGGAAUCUCCAGCAGCAGGAGCAGCAUCUCCUUGCUAUGCGACAGGAACAAGUUACAUCAGCGGUAGCCCUUGCAGUUGAACAACAAAUGCAGAAAGUCUUGGAGGAAACCCAGCUAGACAUGAAUGAAUUUGAUAACUUGCUGCAGCCAAUAAUUGACACAUGUACAAAAGAUGCAAUCUCAGCUGGCAAAAACUGGAUGUUUAGUAAUGCAAAGUCUCCUCAACACUGUGAGCUGAUGGCUGGACAUCUGCGAAAUCGCAUAACAGCAGAAGGGGCACACUUUGAGCUUCGGUUACAUUUAAUCUAUCUAAUCAAUGAUGUGUUGCAUCACUGCCAGCGGAAGCAAGCACGAGAUCUUCUGGCCGCUUUACAGAAGGUGGUUGUCCCUAUAUAUUGUACUAGCUUUUUAGCUGUGGAAGAGGAUAAGCAACAGAAAAUUGCCAGACUCCUUCAGCUGUGGGAGAAAAAUGGCUACUUUGAUGAAUCAAUUAUUCAGCAGUUACAGAGCCCGGCUCUUGGACUUGGCCAGUACCAGGCAACUUUGAUCACAGAAUAUGCAUCAGUAGUGCAGCCUGUGCAGGUGGCCUUCCAGCAGCAGAUACAAACCUUGAAAACACAACAUGAAGAGUUUGUCAAUAGUUUAACACAGCAGCCACAGCCGCAGCAACAAAUACAAAUACCACCACUGGAGAGUGAGGUAAAAUCGACACCCCCGCCUCCGGCUCCAACACCUGCUGCAGCACCGCCUGCUGCUCCAGUCAGUCAAGCAGAUGAUGGCAAAUCUCAGCUUCCUCUAGCUGCUUCUGCAGAGUAUGAUGCAACAGGGGCCGGGGUGCAAGAUCCUGCAGCUGCUGGACCGCGUGGCCCUGGGCCUCAUGAUCAGAUUCCUCCAAAUAAACCACCCUGGUUUGACCAGCCUCAUCCUGUUGCACCUUGGGGUCAACAACAGCAGGGACCUCCACACUGUCCUCCAUGGAAUAACAACCAUGAAGGAAUGUGGAAUGAACAGAGAGACUCAGGAUGGAAUAACCAGCGGGAGACCCCUUGGAAUAACCAGCCAGAUCCUUCUUGGAACAACCAAUUUGAAGCACCAUGGAACAACCAACAUGAGCAGCCCCCAUGGGGAGGGGGCCAAAGGGAACCUCCAUUUCGAAUGCAGCGGCCACCCCACUUCAGAGGCCCGUUCCCUCCCCAUCAGCAACAUCCCCAGUUCAAUCAGCCCCCACAUCCACAUAAUUUCAACCGCUUCCCACCUCGCUUCAUGCAGGAUGACUUUCCACCUCGCCAUCCCUUUGAAAGGCCGCCUUAUCCUCAUCGUUUUGACUACCCCCAAGGGGACUUUCCUCAAGAAAUUGGACCACCUCAUCAUCAUCCUGGGCAUAGAUUGCCUCAUCCUGGAAUUGGUGAGCAUCCUCCUUGGGGUGGGCCACAGCACCCCGAUUUUGGGCCUCCUCCACAUGGAUUUAAUGGGCAGCCUCCUCACAUGCGGAGGCAAGGCCCCCCUCACGUAAACCAUGAUGAUCCCAGCCUGGUGCCAAAUGUUCCCUACUUUGAUCUUCCUGCUGGACUUAUGGCUCCACUUGUGAAACUUGAAGAUCAUGAAUAUAAACCUUUGGAUCCUAAAGAUAUACGUCUUCCACCCCCAAUGCCCCCAAGUGAGAGGUUGCUGGCUGCAGUUGAAGCAUUUUAUAGUCCACCAUCUCAUGACAGGCCUAGAAACAGUGAAGGCUGGGAGCAGAAUGGGCUGUACGAGUUCUUCAGAGCUAAAAUGAGAGCUAGACGGAGGAAAGGUCAGGAGAAGAGAAAUAGUGGGCCAUCUCGAUCUCGCAGUAGGUCUAAAAGCAGAGGUCGUUCCUCCUCACGAUCCAAUUCAAGAUCUUCAAAGUCAUCUGGCUCCUAUUCAAGGUCCCGAUCACGAUCCUGCUCCCGAUCACGAUCCUAUUCACGAUCACAGUCCAGAAGCAGGAGCAGGUCCCACUCUUCUCGUAGUCGGUCACGGUCACGGUCAAGAUCAAGAUCUAAAUCUUACUCCCCGGGAAGGCGGCACCGGUCCCGAUCUCGCAGUCCCACUCCUCCCUCUGCUGCUGGUUUAGGCUCUAACUCCGGGCCUCCUAUACCUGAUUCAAGACUUGGAGAAGAAAAUAAAGGGCAUCAAAUGUUAGUGAAAAUGGAUGACAAGCUUAAUUGUCACACUGGAAAGGCAGCUACUACGUUCAGCCCACAGAUAAAUGUGAGAUAACAGGAAACUAUCAUUGAACACCAAGACACGGGUCUGAUAGAUGUGUGUUCUGAGCAGACUGCUGUGUGGCUACUAGAUGUGUGUUCUGAGCAGAUUGCUGUGUGGUGGAGAGACCUGGACCAGUGACAGCAGGCGUCGGAGAAGGCUAAACUUUCCACAGCCACUGUCUUUUGCCAUAUUCUAAAUAUCAAGUGGGAAUCCAAAGUUCCUGACACUAAAGUACUUGAGAAAGCAAAACUGCCAAGUCUAAUCGCUAGUCUCAAACACCGACCUCUCCAUUGGCUUAGUCACCUGCAGCGUAUGAACAAUGGAUGCUCCAAGGCCACUAGGCUGACCUAGGCUCAGGUUCAAGGUCAUUUGCAAGAGGGACUUGAAAACUUUCAACAUCAACACUGCAAGCUGGGAAGCUGCUAGCAACAGGUCACACUUGGAGGGCUGUGCUGCAUCAGGAAGCUGGAGGCUGAAGAGAAGUAGCUAAGAGAGAGGAAAGCAAAGAGCGAAGAGGAAAGACCAGCAGAUCUGAAAUGCUAGUAGUGUGCUGUCUUCAUCUUCUGGCCCUUUGUCUUACGCCUGCAUUGUUCAUGGAAAGACUUCAAGGAUUAGACAUUUUAGCCACUCAUAAUGCUGCAGCAUGACAUACACUAACUGAACUACUUUGGUGUUUACACCAUUCUUUUGAGAGGGAUGGUUGCCAUAUAUAUCUGUAUAAAGCACCCAGGACUAAAUGCAUUUCAUAUAGAAUCAUGUAGGGCCUCGAGGUCAUCUAGUCCAUCACCAUGCUGAGGUAGGAGCAAGUAUAUCUAGACCAACCCUGACAGGUGUUUUGUUUAACCUAUUCUUAAAAACCUUCAAUUGUGGGGAUUUCACAACUUCCCUUCGUAACCUAUUCCAGCACUUAACUAUCCGUAUAGUUCAGAAGUUUUUCCUAAUAUCUAACUUAAAUCUCUCUUGCUGCAAAUUACUUCUUGUCCUAUCUUCAGUGGUCACGGAGAACAAUUGAUCACUGUCCUCUUUAUAACAGCUCUUAAUGUAUUUCAGAUGAAGACUGUUAAUGUGUAGGUGAAUUGUGUGACUGUAGGCCUAUUGCACCCAAGGAGCUCUGAAAAUAACUGGUACCCCCUGCAAUCGUGAGUGAGAGAAGGGAUUGAGAGGUCGUAACUUCCCUGCCUUUGCUAAUAGUAAAUGAAACCAGCCAUGCAUUUCAUUGUCCACCUUAUUUUUGGCCUAGGUUGCAAAAGGCUGAGACUGGGGUAGGUUGUUUUGGAGCUUCUGUUGUAAACUGUUUCAUCUUACAGCCUUGUCAGAAACAGUAUUAACACUGUUUUAUUGCAGCUCUUUAAGUACUUAUAUGGCCCCUAUUGUCAUAAUUGAUAGAGCCACUCAUACUAACAAAUUUAUCCUGACUCACCCCUUGUAAGGUAGAGAAGUACUACUAAUAAUCCCCAUUUUACAGAUGGGGAAGUGAGGCACAGAGAGAGUAAGUGACAUUCUGAAGGUUGCAGAGCAAGCCUGGUAGAGCGCAAGCUUGAAUCUAGAACUCCUGAACCCUAGGCUAAUGCUCUAACUGUUGGGACUAACCUUCCUUCUAACAUAUUAGAAUGCCAAAUCUUGCAGUCCUGCUCUUGACUGCUUCAUGUGUAAUAAUUUUUUAGUUGGAAAUACAGACCUCUCCUUCUAAUGAUUAUCUACUUUCCUCCUCCCCAAACUGUCCUGCAGCAGGCAGUUGUUCAUCAGUCACUCAUAUAGGUUCUAAACUGGUUUUAUGCACACCUUCAUAACAGGGCUAGCUUAAGGCAAUACAGGGCCAUAGUCACCUUGUUAUACACCCCCACCUGCCAGUCCUACUACCAUGUUGAGUGGUAGUUGAAGGGGCCCUCAUUCCCUUCCAGAGAAGCAGGGGGUAUGCCAUGGGCGUGGCAGCAAGGGGACUCCCCACACUAGGUACUUGCUCCAGUAGACAAAAUAUAUCUGAUGGUUGAGUGGGAAGGUGGAGCCCACUGCACUCCUCCUCGCGCACACAGUGGUGUCAGGUGGUGUCAGUGCCUCCCAUUCUCCACAAAGCCGCAGGUCUUGAGAUGAACGGGACAGUUCACCCUUCUCGGAGCUGUUGUUUCAGGCUGUGUCAAGCUUCUUGUACACGAUUUCCUCACUUUUGUUUCCUGUACAAUUCACACUCUACUGAAUUCAAUAACAAGA